CCAGCGAACAGCGCAGAAAGAGCAGAGAGAGUGAAGUGAGGAGAAGAGCUGUCCUGCCUGCUGGAGAAUAGCUUAAUUUAACACACAAUAAAAGAGUGAAGGACUCCGGGAAAAGGGAAUGUCAGCGCGAAUAUCUUGAAGAAACCACUGAUUUACUUCUUCACCUCUUUGUUUCUUAUUCAAGAGUUUAUCCAAGAACCUGCAGUGGAGAGGUAAAGGUGUGAAGAAGCAACAAAUCAAGGUUUUGAGGAGGAAUCAUUGGAAUCUGUUCCAAGCUUAUUUUUCAGUUUUCAGUUUUGGAUAAAGAUGCCAGAGAAGAAGAUCGGAAAUCCAGGGAUGAGCAUCUUCAGCUGGUGUCGGGUGGCCGCUGUGGUAGCUCUGAUCUUGAUCAUACUGGGAGGGCUGGGAGCCGCCAUCUGGGCCCUUGUCACAUAUCUCAAAACAACAGAAGAUACUGGAUUAUUUGAUGUACAGGUGAGCGCAGCAGACCAGAGGCUGCGAGUGUUUGACUCCACCCAGCGGAGGUGGAAACACAUCUGCUCAUCCAGCGCCAACCAGCUCAUCGCCAACAUCAGCUGUGAAGAGAUGGGCUUCGUCAGAGCAGUGAAUUUCUCAGUGACGUGUGCUCCUGAUAAUGGUGGUGACCGAGAUUUUUUCUGCGUAAAAGAGAGUGAGUUAACUUAUGGGAAGAAGAUAAAAACAGCCCUUUAUCCUUGUAAAUGUGACAAAGGUCAGAUACUUGAGGUGAUUUGUCAGGACUGUGGUCGUCGUAUGCUGCCUGAGGAGCGGAUCGUGGGGGGAGUGGAUGCCCGCCAGGGUUCGUGGCCAUGGCAGGUCAGCCUACAGUAUGAUGGAGUUCAUCAGUGUGGUGGAUCAAUCAUUUCAGAUCGCUGGAUCGUCAGUGCCACACACUGCUUUCCUGAGAGGUAUCGUCAUGUAUCACGCUGGCGGGUUCUGAUGGGAUCGAUCUACAACACUCCCAUCCGUAAGAACAUUGUGAUCGCUGAGGUGAAGACGGUUGUCUACCACAGCAGCUACCUGCCCUUCGUCGACGCCAACAUUGAUGACAACAGUCGUGACAUAGCAGUCCUUGCUCUGACAAAACCUCUGCAGUUCACUGAUUAUAUCCAGCCAGUGUGUCUUCCUACCUACGGCCAGCGUUUGGCGGAUGGCCAGAUGGGUACAGUAACCGGCUGGGGUAAUGUGGAGUAUUACGGCACGCAAGCCAACGUCCUCCAGGAAGCCCAUGUGCCCAUCAUCAGUGAUGCGGUGUGCAAUGGCCCAGAUUAUUAUGACAACCAGGUCACAACCACCAUGUUCUGUGCCGGUUAUGAGAAAGGAGGAACCGACUCCUGCCAGGGGGACAGCGGUGGUCCUUUCGUAGCAGCGGAUGUCCUGUCUAAGACCAGCCGCUAUCGUUUGCUGGGGGUGGUGAGCUGGGGCACAGGCUGUGCCAUGGCCAAAAAGCCUGGCGUCUACACGCGUGUGUCACGCUUUCUGCCCUGGAUAUCCACAGCCAUGAGGAUGUAUGAAAACUCCCCAGGAGUGCACAAAAUGGCACGGGCGGUCACACCAUAGCCAUUCAGAGUGGAACAUUUUUUAAUACGAGACUGAAAUGUUGCCUGUUGAGGUCAGAUGUGUUGCUCGUAUCAGUCUGAGAUCAGACGUCUGGUGUUGAUCAGAUGUUCUGUGAUGAUCAACCUGUCCCAAGGACAAUAUCUGACUCACGGAGGCCAAGAACCAUUUCUGAUGCUGUACUUUGGGUAAAUAUGAGAGCACAUAUUUACUUUUUUAACAUAUUUACAUAAUACAGUAUAUGUACAUACUGUAUUAUUUCCCGACACAAAAACGUAAAUGAAAAAUUCAUAUUUUUAGAGUAUAGGGAAUUUUUAUCCUACUUUAUUACAGGUUUGUACAGAAUGUAUGGUGGCAAAACAAAUUAAAUCCAUUGUCAUGUUCAGCUCAGAUUGCAAAAAUGUUAUUCAUUUACCUGUAUAAAAAAAAAAUAUUAAAACAUAUUUUUCUGUUAAUUUAAAUAAUAUAAUGCUAUACGAAAAGACAUAACAUAGACUCCAGACAGCAACAUACACAAAAAAAUACAAUUUAUUUUUAGCACAAUCCUAAAUCUGACAAGAACUCUCAACUUUAUAUCAAUCUACAGUAUUUAUCUCAAUUUUGUUUACUAGUGGCACAGGUACAGUACAGUAUGAUGCACAAGUCAAAUCUGUAGUACAUGAACUUAUAAGAAGGAUUUCGCCAAAUAAUACAGGCCUUUGUGAAAUGUGCCAUGAUUAAAUAUGUACUUAAAUAGGUUUUAUAAAUUGAAAUGGCCAGAACGGUGACAUUUGAAAAUGUUUCAUGAAAACCUCACUUUCAUGUAUUUUACAUGUAAUGUAUUUUAUUUUCUCUUCUUUU